AUGGAGGUUGAUUCAAAUGGUGGUGACAAUCCUUCAGUAAAUGAGGGUGAACAAGUUGAAGAACCUAAGAAGGUUAACCUUGAGCAUAAUCAUGAUUUGAUUCCUACCGACUCUCGUCAUUUUGCAAUGAAUAAGAAAAUUCGUACUCCUGUGAAGAAAAGAUUAGAAAUCAAUGAUCAAGCAGGGAUUGGGGUGUCUAGGAACUAUCAUUCAAUGGUUGUUGAAGCGGGGGGAUACGAGUCAUUGACAUUUGAUGAGCGAGAUGCAAAGAAUUACAUUAAUAGAGCUAGAAAAUUAAGGCUUGGUGAAGGUGAUGCCAAAUCACUUCAAAGUUAUUUUAUGAGGAUGCAAGCACAUAGUGAGAAAUUCUUGUAUGGGAUUGAUGUUGAUGAGGAGUUUCGCAUUAGAAACUUGUUUUGGGCUGAUGUAAGGAGUCGGGCUAUGUAUGAAUCAUUUGGAGAUGUUGUUUCCUUUGACACAACUUAUCUGACGAACAAAUAUGACAUGCCAUUUGCUCCAUUUGUAGGAGUCAAUCACCAUGGACAGUUUAUUUUUCUUGGUUAUGGAUUGUUAUCUAGUGAAGAUACCGACACAUUUGUUUGGCUAUUCAAGUCGUGGUUAAAUUGCAUGUCAAAUAAUUCUCCAAAAGCUAUCAUAACUGAUCAGUGCAGAGCUAUGCAAAAUGCUAUAGAAAUUGUCUUUCCACAGGCCCGGCAUCGAUGGUGCUUAUGGCAUGUAAUGAAGAAAAUACCAGAGAAGUUGAAAGGAUAUGCUCAGUAUGAACCCAUAAAGUUGGCUAUGCAAAAUGUAGUUUAUGAUUGUUUGACAAGAGAUGAAUUUGAGGAAAAAUGGGAAGAGAUGCUUACUAAAUUCAAUUUUUAUGAUAAUGAGUGGUUGGGGGUACUAUAUCAUGAGCGGCAUCGAUGGGUUCUUGUAUAUGUUAAAGUCAUUUUUUGGGCUGGCAUGUCAACAACACAACGAAGUGAAAGCAUGAAUGCAUUUUUUGAUGAAUAUGUCAACCCAAAGACUACAUUAAAACAAUUUGUUGAACAAUAUGACAAUGCAUUGAGAAGUAAGGUAGAGGAAGAGAAGAAAUCAGACUUCAAGUCUCGACACAAAUUAUUUGAUUGUCUAACUAUAUAUGGCUUUGAGAAGCAAUUUCAGCAAGCCUACACCAAUACAAAAUUCAAAGAAGUUUAA